AGGGGGAGGGGGGAGGGGGGGAAAAGGAGAAGAGAAGAGAAGGUCCGGACCCGAGCCUCGAAUAGAAGUUAGAAGUUGCGGCCGUUUGGGAGGGAGAGUCUUCCCCCCCCCCUCCACCCGCCCAGCCCAGCACCCCGGAUCCUCCGCUGGAUCUGAGCGCCCCCCCCUUCACCCCAUACCCCUCACGGUGGGGCCUCGGGCAGGGGCUGGGCUGGGCUGGGUUGAGGCCUGCACUUGUCUUUGGGGGUGUUUGUGAGCACGACACAUGGAUUGCUGGAGGAGGCUAAGAGGCCAAGAUCCUGUCCAGGCCAGCCUUGAACCCUGAGCCCUUGCCCCCACCACCAACCCCCACACCUCCCUCCUUCUUUACACUUCACCCCUCCCCACGUCCCCCAGAGAGAGGGAGGCAAUGUGGGCACCGACGGCCGAGACCACCUGCGAGGCUGCAGCACUGGACUUUUCCCCCACCGUACCCUGAGAAGGAGUGCAGUCUGCAGUCACUAUGCCAGAAAUGACAGAAAAUCAGACACCGCUGCGCAUAACUCACAGGAAGAAAAAUCGAGAAUCUCACAACGCAGUGGAAAGACAUCGAAAGAAGAAGAUUAACUCGGGAAUAAACAAAAUUGGAGAACUAAUUCCAUGCUCUCCUGCUCUGAAACAGAGUAAAAACAUGAUACUGGAUCAAGCAUACAAGUACAUUUCAGAGCUGAAGAGACAGAAUGAUGAAAUUCUUUUGAAUGGGGGAACCAAAGAACAAGGUGAAGAAAUUGUCAGACUACGAAAUCAGCUGGAUAAUCUACGGAAUGAAAAUGACCGUUUUCUGGAAUUACUUAAAGCUAACGACAUCUGCUUGCAUGAUGACCCUACCAUUCACUGGAAGAGGAAAUUCAAGGGUUCAAAAGUUGCAAUGAUGAUAUCUCCCAACCAAAUGCAAGACGAUAUGCUCAUCUACACAAAUGGAAACCAACUGAAUGGGAAUUGCCACCAGACCACUGUGCAGAGUUCACCAGAGCUACCGCUGAACACCCUGAAGAACACAACUCCAGAAUCAUGCCUUGAUAUAAUGAUGCCGAUGGCUGAGAUUGGCCCAGUGGAAAAUGGGGUCCAACUUCAGACCGGGAUCUCUGAGCAGGAUGUUCCGGACUGCCUCCCUACAGCUCGAACUUCUCUGAACACUGCACCGUGCACUACCACCACGACCAUUGUACAGAGUAUGCUGAAUGUUUCAACGAACACAUCUGAUCCAGACCUUCUUCAGCACUCAUACAGCAGCUGCGCACUGACGCCUUUAGCCAGCCCAACAAGCACCCCUGCCCCAAUUGUGCUGGACUGUCCCCAAGCCAGAUUUGGACAGAGCAUCUCUGCGAGUGGAUGCCCUGUCCCGAAUGUUCCUGGAGUUUCUGCAAACGCUUCCCUUGCUUUGCCAUUGCACAUGCAACAGAUGGGAACGAUGUGUAUGGAUGUGGAGUGUCCCAGCGGGAUAACACAGCAAACUGUUUUGGGUUCGACGUCGGCCAGCGGCCAGAACACGGAGUUAAGGUCAAUGAAAUGGCCCAUGGUAGAAUGCCCGCAAAAUGUGGUGAUGCCAAACGCUUGCCAAAAUUCACCCACGCUGGCCCGUGGUUUCCCGCCGUCUUUCAAAGCUGGGGCAAUGUGUAACAGCAGUAUGAUGUCGUCUUGUCCUGUAGCCAGCUCGUGGACAGUGUCCUGCCCGGUUUCUACAAGCGCCUGCUCUUCUGAGUCAAACGGUCUUGGUGCCUUUACUUGCAUGACUUUCGCGGGUAACACUCGGACUACAUGGACCACUUUACAGCUGGCCGGAAACACAGUGCAUCCUGUCAGCCAGGUGAGCUGUAGUAUAUUGCCAACGACAUUAAGCGAAAAUGUCAAUGCCAGAAGCUCCUUCCACGCCUCUGAGGCCGGGCCGCUGGUUAAUAACGUGGCUGCGGUGUCCUCGGCUUCCUCCUCCACGCUUCAAGGGACCUCCUUCUGCUCAACCUACAGCCCACUCAACCCACAGGUGCCAGUCACCCUCCAGACCCCCCUGCAGCCCGUUCCAGCUGUGCCCACCGCCAAGGUAGUGUCACUGCUGCCUCCCUUGCAGGUGAUCCAAAUGGCCCACACCUCGGGUGGGUCAGACCCGUCCUCUCCAAACAGCCAGAAGCUGAUCAUCCUGCAGCCGGCGAAUCCCAGUUCGCCGGCGGUGGUGAGGGGGGCCAUUAACAGCCAGGCACAAGGUCAGCAGAUAGUCAUCAUACAGGCAGCCAGCCAGACCGGCGUCUCCGUGGUCCCGCCCCACGCCAACAGAGCCGCCCCCUCCCUCGACUCCAGCGCGGGGUCGUGUAGCAGCGGGGCCGGCGUUCAUUCAGUGGGAGGGAAACACCUUGUACACAUCUUGCCGCGGCCCGUGUCCUCCUGCGGCUCCAGCAGCUCGCAUUCUCCAGCGGUGACGGGCGCCGGCCACCACCAACAGCAGCAGCAGAAGACCAUCUCUGUCAACGGCCAGAUCUUCGCCGUGCAGCCCGUAAAGCAAGGGGGGAGCUCAAUGCACAUCAUCCAGCCGACAACCAGCGCAGACCCACACACCAACGUAGCCCUCAACACCUUCGGUGCUCUGACCAGCCUCAGUCAGAGUGUCUCCCAGAUGUCAGGGCCCUUAGGCCGUGGUCAGGCGCUCAGUCCCUCGGCCUCCAGCGCUCAGACCGUCUGCACCGCUGCCGCCACAGCGAGCAGCCCCUUCACCAACAACCUGCCCGCCGCCGCUCUUGCAAGCAGCAAUCCCGUACCCCCAAAAUGUGCCCACGGCGCACACCGCCCCUCCAAAUGCAAUAAAUCGCAGAGGAAGCUUCUUUCUGCGAAGCACGGACUGUCCAAGAGGGCCAGGGGUUCACGGCACCAGCCGCGGGCAGCCGCCACCACCGGCGACCACGCCAGGUCUAACCCGGGCAGCCCACCCGAGUUUGCGGCCGUGGAGCAGGCGUUGCCUGCAGACUGUCUACCGGCAUCUCAGCACCUGUCCUUGCCCCAGAACGCGGUCACGGUGACCACUGCCGCCGCCUCACACGAACAGACAGCUGCUACACUCUCCCUCCUGGCUCCCAGUUUAGCAGAAGCCUCGGCUCUUUGCCCUGAGCACCCAGAGGAGACGCGGGCACCGCCCGCAUCGCUGGCAGCCUCCUCGCCCCGGGUGGACCUGCUCAAAGACGAUGUGUGCGCGGUUACGGAAUCAACGGCCCCUACUGCCUACUGCCCGGCAGGAGAGACGGGGACGGGGAAGGAGAGCGGCUUGGGUCGAUUUCAGGCUGUGUCGCCGACUCCACACGGUAUUCCUGGCAUCACCAGCGUUUCCCAACAGCUGGAGUCCCUGGCAGCGGCCCAGCGCCACGGACGCGUGGAAGCGAGCGAGGAGAUGGGCAGCCAGGAAGGCAAGGCAUGCGGCAGGGAGCCGGCCCCCUCAACCGGCAAGCAACGAGCGGAUAACGGGCUGCCGAGCGGCGAGACGGAGGGCGCCACCCAGCCUCAUCCAUGCCCCCCGGAGCAUGAGGGCACGACCGCCCCGCUCAGCGCCCAGCGCCAGACUGAGUCUCCCAUGUCCACCAGCUCGGGCAGCAGCCGCGGCUUCUCUGUCGCCUCCCUACUACCGGACAGCGCCCGGGAAGACGGCGCCUUCAACUCCUACGGCCUGCCCGACCACAGCGACAUAGUUUCCCUCGCUGCCAGGGCCAUAUUCGAGCAGGAGAGCCCGGGCAAGGGCUCAAGUCCCGACCUGGUGGGGUACGAGGCCGGAGCGAAGCCCCCGUGCGCGGAGAAAGCCCCGUGUCCGAGUCUACAGCCGGACAAAGGCCCAGGAAUGGAAACCAAUGCUGUCCAGUCGCAGGGUCCGGCCGGAGUGGCCUCUGUCGCCAAAGAAACGGCGAGCGUGUCCCUGGCGUGUCCACCUCUCCCCAACCCAGUUGCGAUGAACCAGGGCCACGGCGGCCCGACCGCCCAUACUCAGCUACCGAGCGUCUACCCGGAACAGGGCGCCCCCCUGGCCGAAUACCCCGCCAAAGUUCACCCCCAGUCUCCCCUCGCCCUGGAGUCGCGGCUGAAGCAGAGCGUCGAAAUGCGAAAAGACGCGAGCAAGCGCAACGGGCCGACCGACCACUUGGUCUCCACGGCCAAGAGGCAGAAGCAGUGCCAGGGUGGGGGGCCGCGCCUGGACUGCAAGCCGGGGCUCGGCGCUUUAGCCGGGCACCUGUGCGAUCGCGACCCGCCCUUCAUGGCGCAGAUGCCGGCCAGUUCUCCCAACCACAACCUCGGCGCCUUGUUCCCUUCCACUAAUUUCCUGGGCACCAGUCCGGAGGAGACGCUGAGGACGAUGGAAGCGCACUGCAACGGACCGCAGCGAGUGCAGGAUCCGGCCGCACAGCAGAUGCAACCGCACGGGCUGCUCCAGGCCAACGGGUCGUCUCCGAGCGGCCUGCCGCUGGCCCACACCCACUCCUACUACAAGCACCACCACCAGAGCCAGGCCCGCGACCGGCACCUGUACCAGCUACAGCACCACUACUCGCACGGUGAGGGAUCGGCUCAAGGCCAGGCUCACGGCGUCCAGCACCAGCUCCGCGCCGCCCCGCAAGACGCCCAGAUGCAGAAGAAGCGAGGGCUGGUGCGGGCGGCGCCGGGAUCGCAGCUCUCCAUCCAGCCGAAGCAGCAGCACCAGGCGGGCGGCGGGCAGGGCCGGCACAAGGGCAGUCAGCAGCCGCUGCAGCAGCAGCAGCAGCACGUACCGCACACGUACUUCAGCAACGCGCACCCGGACAAGAGGUGCGAGAACUCGGCGGGAGGCCGGAGCCAUCACCUGCAGAGCCUCCACGCCCCGGACCUGCUGCACCCUGACGGCGGGCGAAGCGGCCAGGGGCCCGGCAUCUUCCCCGAGCAGGUGGGCGGACAGUCGCGCAUCCAGCGGCUGCUGACGUCCAGGUCUCUGGAGCAACAGAUGGCUUCCAAAGCCAGGCCCUCCGACAAGCAAUGUCCCUCUCACCGCCAGGAGAGAAACCGAAUCUCCAGCUACUCGGCAGAGGCUCUGAUCGGGAGGCCUUCCAGCGCCGAGUCGCGCAUGGCCAUGCAGAGCCCCAGGGCCGCCGUGGAGCAGUCCGAACUGCGCACCUAUCUCGACCUGUCCAUGAACAAAUCUUUGCCCGUGCACGGCUUGCCACCCAAACUCUCAAUGGAACACUGCAUGGCGGCCGAUGUACAGUCUCUGGGCGACUGCCAGCCGUUCAAAGCCACCCAGGCGGUGGGCAACUUUGAGGUGCAGUCUUCCCGGGGCAGCGAGAUGGGCGGCGGCAUGUCGGCGCACAGGGGAAUCCAAGCGCACGGCUUCAGGCUUGCCCAGGGAACCGGCGCCGAGCGACCGGCCCGCCUGCCUUACUUGCCCAUGCAAGGGAUCUCGACCGCGGGCGGGGCAUCGUUGAGGGACGGCGACGGGUCUUGCCACCAGAGCUUCUUGCAGAGCCUGCUGCCCCCUCCUCUGGCGGAGCAGCUGGGCGGCGGGCCGGGGCCGGAACAUGGCAGGAACUCGCAGUGCGCUCUGCCCAUCAGUAUCGAGUACAGUUGCGCACCGGCCAGGGACACGGGGCAUGGUCGGCGGGACGGCGAAGGGCAGAGCUGCGACCUGGGUCUGGGCGGGCUCGGAUCCCGGAGCCUACCCUACCCCGACCCGUCCUCGGUGUCCGAAAUCCAAAGCAGAAACAGCAGCCCCAGCGUGGCGGCGCAGAAAGCCUCGUUGAGACUGGGCGACAGCCAGGGGAACAAGUGCCACGCCAACGCGCAGGUCUCCUCCAACAUGCACGGAGGCGUGCGGGUGGCGCUGGCCCACGGAGCCGAGCGGUCUCACCCGCUCCAGCCCGGCUCGUCGGUGGCGCAGCGAGUCCGGCACCAGGCGCAGGGCGGCUCGGCGGGCAAGCUGCGGCCGCGCUCGGUCAGCCACCGGGGGGGCUCCGAGGCGCUGGAGCGCAGCCUACAGCUGCCGCUGCCGUCCGGCGGGGGGAUGAUACUGGGCAGGCAGCAACCUAACACCACCCGCACCGCCAGCAUCGUGCGCUUCGUCGCCGACAACCAGCAGGUGCCCAGCGAGAACCUCACCCAGGAGCAACUCUCGCAGAGCUUCGGCUUCCCCUUCAUCGCAGAGGGCGGCAUGAACCCGCCCCUCAACGCCAACCCUCCCUUCAUCCCCCCGGUGACACAGCCGGGCGCGAACCGGACCCCUACCCUCAUUCCGGUGGAGCAGCAGAACCCGCUGCCUUCAUUCUACCCUCCGUACUCGCCGGCGCACCCCAACCUCUCCAACGACCUCUCUCUCCCUUACUUCUCCAACCAGAUCUUCACCAGCCCCAACACGGAGAAAGCCAGCAACCCGUUCGGCGCCAUCCUGUCGCCGCCUCGGCCCGUUGGCUUUCCGCAGCCCAGUUUCCCACUGCUCCCCGACAUCUCUGCCAGGCCCAUAGCCAACAGCUCCAGCAUCACCGCGCACCUGUCUAACUUCAACCUGACCACCCUGUUCCCCGAGAUCGCCGCCGCGCCCAUGGCCGCAGACACCCCCGCCAUGCCCAUGUCACCUCUGUUGCCUUUAACCAACCCCGCCCUCUCCGACGUCUCCAAACAGCACUCCAACAGAUCCGCGCACAAUAUCAGCCACAUCCUAGGCCACGACGGCAGCUCGGCCGUGUGAAACCCGGUGUGGACUCUCCGGAUGGCUGCAAGGUGCUGAGGUCGGAGUGGACUUCUCCAGCUCUCUUCACACCCUGCAGUUGCUCAACCGAAAUAACCCAUCACUCAGCCCCUCCCAACCAACCCCAAUCUCCUUCAGCAGCAGAUACUUUGAAGUGGGCAAGAUGCUUUUUUAUUUGGUGCCGUUAGUGGCAAGAUCUCUAGGCUGGCGGAGAGUGCUUGAGAGAGAGAUGGUGGGGAUGUCAAGGGAGUGAGUUGCGCUAGGGGAGAACCAUGGAUGUGUCAUCGCACCAGCCAGCUGUCCCACCCCCCCCCCAGUGUACCAAAGUAUUCACACGCUGGUGGCAAGGCCAUAUCUUUCAAGAAAUUGCAGGCAAAUUAACAUCUUGCGUUCCCACAGCUCCUGAUAUAUGAUGUAUGAUAUAGAUUUUUAUACACAUUGAUGGAUUGGUAGAACUGAAUGAUUUUGAAUUGUAAAUAUGUGAAGUGAUGGGUUGUCUCGCCAACCAGUAUUUGUUGGGCUUGAUGUUAACAAGGGGGUUGUCCCUGGAGCGGUGUUGAGGUUGGUUGAUUUACUGAUCUGCUUAUCAAUAGUACAAUGUACAGGGGCAAGAAAUGGUAUUUAUCUGAGGGUUCCACUAUUCAGUACAAACAACCCCCUUUUUAUUGGGAUCAAUUUCUUAAAGAAUUAUGCCCAUAAGAUCAAAAUGGCACGAGUAAAAUGACACCCACCCUUCCAUUUCCAUCUUGUAUUUAAAAUGCAAGGCUACCAUUAAUUCAGCAUUAGGCAAGGAGAAACAAAGAGGAAUUUGGUGUGUAUUUAAUGGAUGAGGGUCUGAAUCUGCAUGUUGUAUAAAAUAUUUAAAUAAAAAAAUUAUAGUUAAUUUCCAUAUAAAUGCAUUUUAGUUUGCCUUAUUGUAACAUACUUUAACAUACUCUGUGCUUUAAUAGAAGUAGGCCACCCUCUCCAUGGGAGCCUGACUGAUCUUUCUUUUGAGCAAUGGUUUAAGUUAGAUGGCUUUUGCAGUCACGGCGAUUGUUAAAGGUCAGCGUUCAUCAGCGUGACUCCCUUGCACUUUACAGAUUAAGGCAAUAAAUCUGCUCCAUUCUCUGUGUGCAGUAAUGCCAGGAGGUAAGCCCACUUGAGUUUCGCUCAGCUUUGGUUUUUCUAACACUGGAAUAUUUGGCGUACCUUGUGCACCUCAUUCCAUGAAGCUGGAUAUACAGUAAAUGAGUAUCUUCUUCCUUUGUUGGAUCAGCAAUUGUUCUUGCUUGACUGUGGCCCCCCACUGGAAGAGAGCCGGCAUUAGUUUGUAGUGCACAUGUCAAAGUGCCCGUAACGUAACAGUGUCACACGAUGGGCCAGAAAACAUAGCUGGUAUGGGGAGAAUAUAAAAAAGCACUUGCUACUGCUUCAUGUGUCAGGUCACAUCUCAGUUGUUGAAGGGCUUUGUCUAACCUGGGAACGUUGUGAUAAAAGUUCAAAAAAGGUGCUGUUCAUCCACAAAUAAAUUUGCCUAAAACUACAAAUGUUGAGGGGGCCUGUGGCAGUGGAACUUGUUUUCUUUCACUCAGAUAGUUUUUACUCACUCAUCUAUUGCUGUUGAACAAUAGAUGCAAAUCUGAGAAUAUUCAGUCAGAAAUUUAAUCUAUAGUUUUAAUCCCCACUAAUAUCAGAAAUUGCAUGUGACUUUGUUGGAGAAAUCUAAUUUUCUCUAAUUAGAUUUAUCUUUUACACAGAUCAUUUUCAAGGAAGCCUGUUUAUUCAUCUUUUCCAUCGACCAGCUGAUGUGUUUCCCCCCCCUUUGUCCACCACUCUGGCAGCUUUGUAUCAUCACAUAAGCACCAUGUUGGGCAAAUGGGGCAUGAGCAACUGUAGGAGCAAAUCUAUCCUUCUGUUCUGUCUUGCUGGGAAACAGACUCACUGUUAAAACUAAAACAAAUUACAUGCCCCAUUUGUGGAACUAGCGUAAUAGGAUUUAUCAUUUAGAAUUUGUUUCCUGAAGUAAAAUAAUAAUACUUUGUUCAUGAUGCAUAUAUUAUGGAAAAACAUAAUGUGAAGCAUUAAAGGAAAAUCUUAUCCAAAAUCAACAGGAGAAUUCCAUCACACUAGCUAUUAACAUAGAACAUAGAACAGAACAGCACGGGAACAGGCCCUUCGGCCCACAAUGUUUGUGCUGAACAUGAUGCCUAGCUAAAUGACCACAUCUGCAUGCAAGUGAUCCAUAUCCCUCCAUUCUCUGCAAAAGCUUCUAAAAGCUUCUUCAAUGCCACUAUCGUAUCUGCCUCCACCACCGCCCCAGGCAAUGCGUUCCAAGCCCCCACCAUCCAUAAAUGUUCAUAAAUGGUAGUGCUAACAUUGUGAGCUCCUCGAAUCAGCAUAUGUACAGGAAUCUUGCCCUCCUAAACUGCCAAAUAAGCACAGCCUGCAUAAGAAGGCACAAUUCAAGUUCUCUGAAAUUCCAUUCAAAACUAAAAUUAAAACAUUCUAAAAUCUGCAGAAUCAGAUAUCUAAAGAAUUUAUGAGCAAAUUCUUCAAAGAAAUCUCGAUCUCACGUCCUAAUUCUCCUGUGCACCAAUGUAGCUUCCUUGUUGCCUGUGCGCCCUUCCACCCUGUCCCCUCACUGGUGCAGUGUUUUUUGCUUUUUCUCAAGUGUUAACACUCACAUCUCAUCCCAGUGUCUUGACCUGAAUUUUGCCUCGCAUGGCCAUUUGUUAAUGAAAAUGAGCCCUUUCCUCUGACUGAAUCAAAUUCUCAUGAACGGCAGGGUUCAAAGUUGCAUGUCCUGUGACUUGGGUUGUUAAUGGACAUUGAUGGGUUUAAAUUGGAAUAAAACAGCUGACAAUCAGUUACCAGCUGGUAUAUGCUGACCAAUCUUCAUUCCCUUGGAAGUCAGAAGAAAAGAAACCAAGCAUGCUGCUAAAUUGUUUCCAUUGGCUGAAAAACAAAUUUCAGACCUACUGAUCAAAUCUAGUUUCAAAAUUUCACAGGACGAUACCAUUUAGCCCAUCAUAACUCAGCCAAUUUUUUGAAAGACCUCCCCAAUUAGAUUCACUCUUCUGACCUUUCUUCAUAGUGCAGUGUAAUUUUUCCUUCAUUGCCAUUUGAAGGCUCCCUUUGCAUCUGCAGUCAGAUUGCUUGCUCCUUGUUGUAUCAGGAAAAUAAUCUCUCCUCAUCUGAACCCCCUGCCCCCAACUGAAUCUUAAAUCUGUGCCCAGUUCUUUAACCUACCCCGGUCCCCUCAAAGGUAAUACACCUCUGAACUUUUUUCUUUAAAUAUAUGCAGAUAUUAUAGACAGAAUGCUUCCAAUAAUUCACUUUCCGAUAUUGGACACCAUUACUUCAAAACAAUAGGCUGUAUUAGUUUCUACAUUAAUUUUCUUCCUUAACGUAUUUAAAGAUUACACUCAGUGCAUAUUUCAUCCCAUUUUUCAGUUCCUUUCUGACUGCGUCACCGCAUAAGUACAAAUGUGAGAUUAAAAUAAUGACCAUAAAUAAUAAUUAACAUUUAAGCUGCUACUUUCAAACCAUUUUAUGAUAACAUUGCAUCUGCCAGUUUCACAGUAAAGACUGUUGUGCAGUAAAGAGCUCAAUUUACAAAGAGUUGAACAGUAACCAUAACAACCUCACAAUAAGAGCUGGGAAUUUCUCCAGAAUUAUGAAUUUAAUGGAAGAUGGAUGUAAAUUUUAUGCAUAAAAACUCACCAAAUGGAUUGACAACAGAAUGACUUCAUCAUUUAUAUUCUGACUCAAUAUCGUUCUCAUUACAUAUGACCCUAUAUAUAAAACAGUACCCUUGUCUUUAUAUUAACGCAAAUGCAGGUUCCAGUGCUUCCAACUAAGCUGAACUUGCAACCUCUUACUGAGGCAAUAAUGCUUCUGCUGAGCCAUUGCUCAUGUCCAGAUGUUAUCAGAUAUUAUUGAGAUUGCCUUUGAAUAGUUUUAUAUGAUUAUUGUCACAACUGAGUGAUGUUGGUGUUGGCUAGCAGAGCACUUUCUACCCCAAUACCCAAAAGUAGUAUCAAACGUUCCUAGGUCAGGCACAGCAGGGUGAAGGUCCCUCUACUCCGAAUAUGGUUGUAUUUAGUCUACCACAACCAAUUUAUUGCUGAUUCACCUGCCCCUCUCCUCAGUUGGCCUUUUUGACAUGAUGAAAUGAAAACAGCUUUAUUCUCGAUUAUAUCAUCUCAUUAAAACCAAAGGCAGUGAAGUCUGUUGUCUGAUCCCUCUAGGAAUAAUUUGAGGCGUGGAUCCUGAGAAGUGACUCAUCAGAGCUCGCUCUCCUUGUUCCAAGCAGCUUUAUGUCUGUAUUGACAGAGAGGGCACAGAAUCUAAGUAAAAUUAUUUUCUCAGAACUAGCACAGGCUAAAUAUUAGCCUCCUGGCAUGCAGGUUUCUGUGUUUUAAUGAAAGUCAUGGUACAUUGUUGCUGAACAUAAUUGUUGUAUUGGACUUGGACUACCCACAUUAUUUAAAUUUAACCCAUCCCUCUAAUAUCAUCUUUUACAUGUUUCAUUUAUCAGCUAAGACCAUCUUUAGUAAAUAGACCAGCAGUUAAACAAUCCCCAAACUGACUGCCUGUGAUCAAAAUAAUGGUGCUCAAGUCUGCAUGCUUUAAUCUAGUGUUGGUCAUGUCAAUACAACCUUACAAUUUAAAAAGUGGGGGUUACUAAAUCAUCUGCUCUGUUGUUUUCCUUAAAUUCAAAACCACCUCUUUGUUCCAUUAAAAGUUUUUUGUGAGGAAUAUUUGGCACUGAAUGGCUUAAACACAGAAAGCCUCUGCAGAAGUGAUGCAGAAUUAGAGUGUGUGCACUUUUAUUAACAGUAAAACCAUACCUGAUCCUUGCAUUUACUGGUUGGAAGAGUUCAACAAGUUGGCUUGAGUGAUUUAUUAAAUAUUUUUUUUAAAGUAUUUUCCUUCAACCUGUGCAAAGUAUCUUAAAGUACUUUUUCCUUUCUGUUUGAAUAAAUUUGGAGUUCCAGUGUAACCGUUUCAUGACAGCAAUUGAAAGAUGACAGAUCUUGCCAUUAUUACCUACACUAAUCUAACAUAAAUAAACUAGCUGCAAAUGAUGCUGCAAGUAUGGACUAUAACCUAUCAUCUAAGGUUUGUUGGGUUUGAGCUGUUUAGUUGCUUGCAAAAUAUACAGAGCUAUAAGAUAGGUUAAACAUUCAAAUAUAUAUUUUUUUAGCAGAUGUUUUUGUGACAUUUGAAUUUUUAAAUUGUGACAGUGUUCUGGCGGGAGUACGCUUCAAUAAAGGGCUGUAAAGGGCUUUCAUUUGACCCUGAUGGUCUUCUCAAAACAGAAACUGCCAGCAACAGUGGUCUUUUACUUUUUAAAGUUAUUUACAUUGCUAAUGUUUUUAAAUCCUUCAGUUGGGCAAUGCAAGUUCAAAGAGAAGUCAUCUAACAUAUCAAGAAAUUGGAAAUUAUGUCAGAGGGAGAUUUCUUUAUGAGGAACUGCAUUGACACCUGCACAAUUGUACAGGGACACUUUAGGAGAGGGUUGGUAGACACAACAACUUUGUUAUCUAUUUGUCUUUUGGUGUCUUCAUCACUAAAGACAAUGCAAUGAUAAGAGAUGGUCACCACUCUCACCUUCAGGUUGUGAAUAUAUUUAAAUAUUUCUAAAACAGGUGAUAUACUUGAUUCUGUAUGUAUUCAAUUAUGUUAAUUUUAUUGGGACAUUUUCUAAUGUUUUUGUAAAUACUUGUGAAUAAACACUUGAAUUUGGUUAUAAAUGGA